GAAGCACAUUAAACGGAGGCCUGUCCAAAACUUCUUCACUAAUAUGGAGCAUGCUGGUGCUUCCAUGUUGAGGAAAUGGCACCCAGCUUACCAGUCCUAGCGAGCAAUCAUCAGGUUGCUUUCAAGACAAAAGUCUUCCAUCCAAACAUCAAUAGGAAUGGUAGCAUUUGCUUGGAUAUUCUCGAGGAGCAGUGGAGCCCUGCUCUAACCAUCUCUAAGGUAUUGCUUUCGAUUUGUUCUUUGUUGGUGGAUCCGAACCCCGACAACCCUCUUGUCCCGGAGAUCGCCCACAUGUUUAAGACCGACUGAGCUAUGUACGAAGCCACAGCUCGUAGCUGGACACAAAAAUUAUGCCAUGGGUUGAAGCUCCCAUGCUUCCCUCUCACCUCCUGUCACCUUAAGUGACCCGAAAAUCGUGUUCUAAAAGAAAGUAAAGUUCCUCAUUCUCUCUACUGUGAAUUCUAUUUUUCUCAAUUCUAUGCAGGUUUGUGCUCUAGUUUCUAUUGUUAAAAUUUGUAUGGAUAAGGUAAUGAGAACAUGGCAUGAAUAU